GUUGAAUGCAAAAAAAAUGUCUGAAAAUGGUACAUGGAUUAUAUAUUCUGAAUCAUCGGAGGAACCGAUGAGCUCACCUGAAUUAGGAGGAGAAACAACCGACAAAUCGUUUUUGAUGGGAGAAGCAAUGUCUGUCGUUUUGAUCGCCAUUGGUAUCUUGAUAUUUAUGUUUCUAAUCAUGAAGAUCUUUGAGCAUUUUUUUAAACCCAUUAAUGGAAUUAGGAGUAAUAAUCAUGCUCAAUGGUUGUCCAUUUUCAAACUUAGAAAUCAACAAGUGUCAGAAUUACCGGUACUGAUGCCAGGUCAGCAGUACCCUACUUGUAUUGCUCGGCCAACCCCUCUUCCUUGUCAAAGAGAAAAUACACAUUUGCCCUUCUCAUGAAUUAGACAACAUUUUCCAUUCCAAACAGGGACUAAUUAAUUAUCUUAUU